AUACUAUUCGUGUCAGAACAGUCGGUUAGGAUUUAAGCUAAGUGCUGUUAACGUUACCCAACGGCUGGUGUUAGCUGUAACGCGCGGACCGUUAGCUUGUUUAGCUCACCUCAAACGUGCUUCAGUGAACGUUGGCUAGCUUUGACUUGACACCCACGUUGUGCAGCUGUUAACACUGGAUUACUGCAGUGAAAUGGCAAAGGUUCAAACCCCAAAUGAAAAGGUGGUGAAACCCCCUGUGAAGAAAAAGAACAACCACAACUCUAAAAACUACAAGAACACCAAAAGGAACUACUGUAUUCUGUGUCGCAGGUUUCAUAUGAAACAUGAAGCACAAGAGCAUGUGCAUAGUAUGCUGCAUCACAGGGAGCUGGAGACUGUGCUGGGCAAGGAUUCAUUUCAUGAGUGUCAGGCGUGUAAGGCCUCCUCCAUGGGUUUAAACGAGUACGCUCGGCACAUCUCCACCGCUGAACACAAAGCCAAAUUGAAGAGCUUGACGCAGAAGAAGGUGAAGGCCCUCUCUCUGUUCAAGACUCUGGACAAAGAGACCAUGGGCCAGAUCCUGGAGAGAAACAAGACACUAAAAAAAGAGGAGAAGAAAGCAAUGAAAAAGAAAAAGAAGAAACUGAAGCAGAUAGCUGGUCAGAAGCGUGCAGCCAUGCAACAGGGAGGCAGCCGUAAAAACAUGGCGGUGUCCAAUGUAGCGAGGCCGGAAAAAUCCAAACAAGUGAACACGAGGAUACUGAAACAGGGAACGUACCAGCAGGAGAGAAAUGAUGCUGUUGUUCAAAACAAAGAGAAUAAAGUAUCCAGUCUGCAAAGACCUCUUUACCAAAGAGAAUCAGUUUUGCAGUCUCAAAGUGGAAGAUUGACUUAUUUGUCAGGAGAACCUGCAGGUCGAACUCUGCAUUGCUCUAAUGUUCGAGACCAGUCCACCCAAUCAGCACAGCAGCCUGACAACUAUUCAGUCAAAACUGAGAGCUCCCAGUCGGACAGACUUAAUAGGAGACCACAAGGAGGUGUCACUAACAAGCCGGGACAAAAAUCAUGGCCUACCAACAGCCAGAAUGACUAUUACAACAAGCAGUAUGAUGGAGACUUCACCAGUGACCAGCUUCCUCAUAACGGAGCCAUCAUCUUUGGUCACGGCCAAAAUGAGAGCACGGAAUCUUCUCAGCCAGGACGAGAAGGUUCAGCUCACCAUGCUUCAGCGAGUGGAUCUGCCAAUGCAGCUCCCAUACGGGAUGUCGACAUCAGCGCGAUGCUCCGUCAAAUCAGAAGAGCGCUUGGUGUGAGGGAGCCGUGCAGAGCUGACCGUGAAGCCCGGAAGCAGAGCAGUGAGGCGGGUGUCCGGGUGACUGAGAAAGAGUCGCCGACAGGCGGCUCCUGUAGGAGGCACGCCAAGGAGGCUACACUUCCCGUCACUUCUGCUGCAGCUCCAUCUGUGCAGUCUUCACAGGUCAACAGCCCUGCUCGUGCAUCCCAUUCUGGCGUUUCUUCGUCCAGUGUUGCUCCUCCUGAGCCAAAGCAGACGACAUUUAGAACGACACAGGGAGCGACACAACAGUGUGAGAAAAGCUCAGUGUCUGCAAGUGACUCAAAUAGAGCAUUAAACAGCAAAGAGAGAGAAUCUCAGGCCCCGCCUGACAGCCAGACCUCUGAGCCUACCUCGAACAUCACCCGCAGGAUUCGAAUCGCCCACAGAUCAGCCACAGUUCAGGGGGGAAAUGCGGCUGGACUUAAACCAACCCUGAAUAAAGUGUUCAGCUUAUCAGGGGGCAGUAGUAAGUCGAACUGGAGGGAGAUGUAUGAGGAGAGGAAGAAGCAGGCGAGGGGCAAAAGCAUGCCCAGGUUUGGAAUUCAGCUGGCAAACCCUCUAUCGAACCAACAAAGCUCAACACAAGCAGAAUCUGACACGACUCUGUCAGAGGGCUUCCACUGGGAGUCGUUCCCAAACAGUCCUUCAGCUGCACACUGGACUGGACUACCUCCUCCGCCCCAGGACACAGUAUAUAAUGACUCUCGCACAGAAACCCAGUCAGCUCCUCAGGUGCAGGAGCCUUUGGAGCCUCAGGAAGGCUGCAGCAGGCAGACGGUCCACGCCGUCUCUGUGAAGAUGGAGCAACGCUGUGAGGAUGAGAACGGGGAUUUGAGAGCCAGCAGUGGUGCCAGCAAGAGGAAACACAACAUGUAUGAUGACGUUUCUGAUAAGCAGUCAAGUGGAAAAAAGAAGAAAACAAAGUCAAACACAGACCAGGGCCAGAUGGACCAGCUGUUGGCCGUGUCUCUGAGGGAGGAUGAGCUGAGCCACUCGUUGCAGGAUUUGGACAGGUCUCUGAUCCAGGCCCGCAGUGCCCUGCAAGCUGCCUACACAGAGGUCCAAAGACUCCUGUUAUUGAGACAGCAGUUUACUGCUGAGAUCAACAGUCUGAGAGCCCAGCGCAUUGAAAUCCUGCAGGGGAUGCAAGGAGGAUACUCAGGAGCAUCUACCAUAACAGAGAGAGCCACCACCUCACCAGCAGGGGCACGACUCUCUCCCCUUCCUUCCUCUAGUGCCUUCCCCACUCAGCCAUCACCCACAAACCCAGUAUCUUCCAUCAGCCCCCUUGCCCUGACAGCCAUGCAAGUAAAGCAAGAAAUCUUCCAACAGUCCGCAGCAGGACAGGCCAGUCAGUUUGCCAAAAUGCUCCCCUGUAACUCUGAGACACCUCAGGUACCUGCGACCCAACCUGUGCCCUUGUUUCCCGCUGAUUUGCUCCCCUCACUGCUGCUGCCAUCAACAAGCUUAGCUGCUCCAACAACUGCUGUCACCUCUCUGAAACAACUCCAAUCUGAGCCCUCUGUAUCGCCAAAUGUAAAUCAGCAGACUGUGAGGUUAGCGAGCGAAGAAGCACAGCCAGCUGACAGUGAUUCUGAGGAAGAGGCAGGAGGAAAUCUCAGUACAGAGCAAGUUAAAGGAAAAGAGCCAGCAGCAGAGAAGUCUGACUCCACUUCAGCCCCCAAAAGAGGUCAGAAUGCAUCUGCUGCAGCAUCAGACGACGAUGGAGGAAGUGAGAGCGAUGCCUCUGUCAAAAUGAUGGAGCCCUCCAACCCGGUGGUCAUUGAUAUCGAUGAAUCAGACAAUGAGGACGCACCAGAUGAUCCAGUCCAACAAGAGCCCCCUGAGAAGUCUGUCAGUGUGGAAUUUAAUUCUUCAAGCACACAGGCGGUUCAGGAUAAUGAUGCUGAGAGGAAAGUUCAGCCGACAGCUGUGCCAGUGAAGGAUGCCAGUGUUCCUUUGGAGGGUGUUGAGAAUGAGGAGCCAUCUGUGGGAGCUUUUUUGAAUCACACGGGACCAGUCCACGGCCUCCAGGUUCACGAGGGUCGACUGUACACGUGUUCAGGGGACAACACGGCGCGGGCCUACGGUCUUAUGAACAGGGAGUACCAGGCCGUGUUUGAAGGUCACACAAACAAAGUCAACUGUCUGCUGGUAGCAUCGUUCCCAAACAUGCCGGCGCGCCUCUACACCGGAUCCAGUGAUCAGACUAUCCGCUGUUACAGCAUAAAGACCACGAAGUGUCUGGAGCAGAUCACUCUAUCGGACAGAGUGUUGUGUUUGCACACUGCCUGGAACAUCCUGUUCGCUGGACUCGCCAAUGGAUCAGUGGCUAGCUAUGACUUAAAGACUCUGAAGCAGUUGGAUGUGUUUGAGUGCCACGGCCCACGAGGUGUGAGCUGCCUGGGUACAGCACAGGAGGGCGCCCGCCGAGUCCUGCUGGUCGGCUCCUACGACAGCACCAUCAGCGUACGAGACGCCAAGAGCGGCCUGCUGCUACGCACGCUGGAGGGUCACACCAAAACUGUACUCUGCAUGAAGGUGGUGAAUGACCUGGUCUUCAGUGGCUCCAGUGACACAUCUGUUCAUGCCCACAACAUCCACACGGGCGAGCUGGUUCGUAUCUACAAGGGUCACGGUCAUGCCGUCACAUCAAUAGUCAUCUUGGGGAAAGUGAUGGUGACAGCCUGUCUGGAUAAACUGGUCCGAGUUUACGAGCUCCAGUCCCAUGACCGCCUGCAGGUGUACGGGGGUCACAAUGACAUGGUGAUGUGCAUGGCCAUACACAAGAGUGUGAUCUACACAGGCUGCUAUGAUGGCAGUGUUCAAGCUGUGAAGCUCAACUUGAUGAAGAACUACCGCUGCUGGUGGCAGAAUUGCGCUCUGAUCUUCGGCAUGGCGGAGCAUCUUUUGCAGCACCUCGUCAAAGACCACACCAACCUGAAUCUGCAGUCUGUCAAAUGCCGCUGGAGAGGCUGCAGCACUUUCUUUGGCAAGCAGCAGUGUGUUCGGCAGAAGCUGCCGGAGCACAUGCAGAACCACGCGGAGAACGACAGUAAAGUGCAGCUUUGACAGCAGCAGCGCUGAAGUAAGGUAGCAGAUAAGGUUGGAGUCUCAUCCAUUACAACACAUCGACUGAUUUUCUCUUUCAAAGUUCUUCCGGAUUUUCCGUUUUACUUUCUGUUAAAUUCCUGUGGGAGAACAUAUUUUUCCUGUAUUUCCCAUCUUAUUUCCUCAUCUCUUCGGUGUUGUGCACCCUGUGUGACCUCUGUGACAGUGAAACAAGGCAGGCCGCUUGUUAUUGAUCCCUGAAGCCGCUGUAUGACAGGAUUAAGACGUUCAAUCUAAAACCUUUUGGGACCUUAGUAGCUUAGUAACCUCAGUAAUUAUUUGUGGUUAUCAGUAAUUCUUCUUUUUUAAACAAGUAAUUCAUCCCUCUUUUUUGGAUCUGUUGGUCGACACCAUAAAAUAUAUUAUACAGUAACCCUCCUCAGAUAUGUGUGUGUGAGGCUAAUUAUUCAGACUCACACUAGACAGUUUAAAAAAAGGAUUAAAACCAAUGCAACAGAACAGGUGAUAUUGUCUUUAAUCCAUGCAUUUGUCUUCCCUCUUACACCUGGCACCUAUAAUACCCACAAUGCAACUCAACUGCUUACAGGUCAGUUGCAGAGUCACGUGUAUAAUGCUAAUAGGGGCUAAUAUAGCAUCCAGCUGAUAGAUUCAAGCAGAGAUGAGAAGCCGGCUACAGUAGUCUGGUAAGCUCUAGGCUUGGGCACAAUCAAGUUAUUAUAGUAUACCGGGGUAUCUAUAAAAACUUAUAUGGAGAGGCUGUAUUGAGGAUGUAAUGUAUGUAGUGCACAUCACGUGCCACUAGAAGUCAGUUUCUGCUGGUGGAACAGGAAGCUGAGCUGGCAAACAUGGCGGCUGCCAGUAGUGAAGACAGGAUUAAACAACCAGUUAGCAAUGGCAGAGAGACACAGAGGGACUAAACAACAUAUUUUAACAUCUAACUCUAUGAAUUAAGGAUUUAUUUCAACCAAACCAGAGUUGGUUAUUGUUGUAAGAGUGGACUAACUAACUAGACAACUAACAAGAUUAACUAAGACAGUUUUGGUGAGCUUUUUGUUUGUUUCUGUCGAGUCUGAAUGAAGUGUGUUUGGAUUAGUAAACAAGGCAGUUCAGCUCGUCUUAGUUCGGCGGAAGACACAAACUUACAUUCAGGAAGUCUGCAGUUGUGUUUUUCUGUCUAAUAGGAAAAAUAAGAGUAUAUUACCUUCCUUGACAAUUUGUUUAUUCAUUAGACCAAAGAAACGGAGAGAGCUUGUGGAACGUUGUGAAUUCACUGGUCAGAGAGGUUAAGAAGUGCUGCACACAAAUACCAGCAUAAACCGCAUACCUGGUAAAAUUUCGGGAAGGUUUGAGAAAAUAGAUAGUGCCCAAGCCCAGUAAGCUUCUUCCUAACUCCACACAUCCAGAUUGGUUUCAUUUCCAAACUUGUAGCCUUCAACUCCCACUGAGGCAGACUCAAAUCACAUCACUUUAGACAAUUUAUCAGAUUUAAUGCAGCUCUCUAAUUUUAGGAAAGGUUGGGGCUCUGAGGAGGAUUUUCAAAUCUUUUGGGGUUGUUGUCAGUUCGCUUUGGUCGGGACAUGCAUACGUGGACGGUAGCUCAAAUAUGGAAACAAACAGGCUUAACUUGCUGGUAUACUGUAUUAUAUUUAGAAAGUGCAGUUUGGGAGUUUCUCCAGGGUUUUAAAUCCACACGUUAAUAUUUCGCAACCUACUUCCUGUAUAAAGAAUAAAAAUCUUUACCACCUG